AUGGCGUCGGCGUCGGCAGAAAAGAGCCUGGUGCAGGCGCACUACGACAGCCUGGCGAUGGAAGCAGAGCGCGAGGAAAGUCAGGGGUCAAGCAGCGCGACAGUGUUCGGAAAGCAGGAGGUGGUGGCGGAGGACAGCGGCUUUGUGGCAGGGCCGGCAUCGCCAGGCCGACUGGCAGCAAGGAACGGAGCAGCAACAGCGGUAAUAACACAGCCAUUGCCGGCAACACCACUGCUGCCAAGUCGACCGGCACUGCCACCAUACUCGGGGCCAGCUUCAAGCGCGCACGAGGCAGCGUUGGAGCAGCAGCAGCAACAGCAGGCACACCAACCGGGCAGCGGACGCAAGAAGAUGGUGCAGCGAUAUCCGGGGCUGCCGGCACUGGACUACCGGCUGUAUCAGCCGCCGCUGUUUGUGCUUUCAUCAGACAAGACGACGAUCAAGUCGUCGGCACCGUACCUGUCGGCGACGGCAACGGCGCUGGCAGGAUUGGUGCGGGCACAGGCGACGGUGCCGCCGAAGCCGAUGAUUGAGAUCACGGGCAGCCGGGGAAACCACCGGCCGGACUUUGCGGUGAAGCUGAACCUGAUGUCGCUGCUGGUGGCAGAGGAGCCGCGGCGGCGGCUGAACUACGUACGGUGCGUGGGCCGGGGCGAGCUGGCGCUGCGAGGAGGCAGCAGGGCGGCGAUGAUGCCGACGGUCGAGACGAACAGCAGCGCCGGGGCGGAAGAGGAGGUCGAGGCGUGGUGCCGGCGAUUCUGCGAAGACACGGCGGCGGCCAAGGUGUUUGUGCUGGAGCGACAGGUGGCCAACCUCGACCUCAGCUGGCUGGAAGGCCAGAUCCGCAGCCUGGUGGCGGCGACGGGAUACCGGGGCGCGGUGUCGGUGACUUUUCCGGUGGCCCACGCGCGCGUGGUGGUGCAGAGCCCGGACCGGGUCAACAAGUUCUUCACGACCGUCACUACGCUCUUCACGGGCAAGAGCACAUACGAGGUCGUCAAGGCGGUCUGGCCGUUUGCCACGCACAAGAACGGCGAGAUCGGGCGGCAGUGCGCCGUGCAGAGCGAGGAGACCUGGUGGAAGGAGUGGCGCGACCCGCUGCGCCAUGCCAUCAGCACUAAGCGUCACGGCUGGGUCACCAACGAGGACAAGCUCGAGGCCCUGAUGGAGGACGUCGGCAAGACCGUCGGGGCCGUCGACUGGGGCCCGAACCUGAGCACGUGA